AUGGGUUUGAAAACAUCAUCAGCAAAAGCAAAGCCACUCCCACCAGGUGUUUAUACGCCAGUCAUCACUAUCUACAGCGAUGCUGCUGAUCAGCCCGUGGAUUUGCAGGCUAUGUAUGCCCAUGGCCAGCAUCUAGUCAACAGCGGCAUGCAUGGCCUCGUCUACCUCGGCACAAACGGUGAGCUGGCCCUUCUCUCGGGCCCGGAGCGGCAACAAAUCCUCCGCAACGCACGGAAAAUGGUGACCGACAUGGGUCUGCCCGAUUAUCCUAUCGUCGCAGGCAUCUCAGCGCAGAGCACAGUGGAGACGAUCCAGCUUGCCAAAGAAGCAGGCGAAGCAGGAGCAGGCUGGGGCCUUCUGCUCCCCCCGAGCUACUGGGCCAAGGCCUUGCCAACGGAAGCACUCGUUGCGUACUACCGUGAUGUGGCGGAUGCUAGCCCUAUACCUGUCGUAAUUUACAAUUUUCCUGGGGUGACAUCGGGUAUCGAUCUGGACUCGGACCAAUUAGCCGCGCUGGCCUCCCACCCUAACAUCGUGGCCACAAAGCUCACCUGUGGAAACGUGGGAAAGCUCACGCGGCUAACAUCCAAGUUUGAGCCUCCUCACUUUGGCGUUUACGGCGGUAGCAGCGACUAUCUGCUGCCAACGCUGCAUACAGGCGGCAAUGGUUGUGUUACCGGCAUGGGCAACAUCUUUCCCAAAUCCACGUCAAGAAUAUAUGACUACUGGGCAGCUGGACAGCUGGACAAGGCUAGGGAGUUACAAGACCUGGUUGCCAAUGCGGAGUGGGCCUGCAAGAAGUCCUUGGCAUGCACUAAGUACGGUGCCUGGUGGUACCUUGGCAAGCAGUUGGGCAUAGAAAAUGAGCAGCAGUUCAAGAUGCGAAAGCCGUAUCUGGAACUGAAGCCAGACCUUAAGAAAUGGACAACAGAGACUUUAUCGGUCUUGGAGGAGAUGGAGAAGUCUUUGCCUGGCCGGCAGGUCCCUAAUUAA